AUGCCUCCUCUAUAUGGAGACCCUACAACUACCGUUCACCCCAAGCACACGCUCUGGCUGUGCGAAAAGAAGGCCAACGAUACCGAUGGUACCAAGUGCAACACCCACAACGAUGUCAACGAUCUGAUGUGCAUGAAGUGUGGCUACGAAGUCGACGGUUGGAUAAAGGUCAAGGCCAAGGAUAAGGACGAAAAAGAAAUCGGGGAGCUCCACGACUACGACGAUGGUGUGGUGAUAUGGAAAUACCUUUGGUUUUUUCUCCAUCCAGGUCCAAUUAUGGAGGAUGCGCCUGGGAACAAUGCGCCUGUACCCCGAGGCACAAUCCCCGGAUAG